UUACGAUCCGUUGCUCUUCAAAGUAGCCUAUAUUAGUAUAUUUCUCUAUGUGGAUUUUAUUGAACUAAUACGGAUGAAAUCACACGGACGGACUGACUUAACUAUGUUAAAAAGCGGAAUGUAUUUCAAUAAUUCGAAAUGAUGCGAUUCAGGACAUCAAAAUAUGUUAUGGCCUUUGUGAUGAGAAGAUGGAAAAUCCUGCUGGUGAUAAAUGUGUUUACGAUGGUCGGGUUCAUCACUUUUUGGGGCAGGUGCAAUUUGCACGUAACCAAAGCUCACCAACCAGCAGCCGAUACGAGAAUGCAGUCGGUCAUCAGAUCUGCUCAGAGGACCGGCAUCUCUCAUGAUGUCCUCUUAAAGAGACUGGGAUCACUGGAAGAUGUAGUGUACAGGCAACUCAACGGUUUGUCCAGGUCUCUUGGACUUAUUGAGGGUUUUGGAGGUCGAGGUAGAAGAGGAGUACCAGCAACACUUUUGCCAACAGAAGAAGAGACGGCCAAAACAUUAAAGGAGAAAUAUGGCUACAAUGCAUUUCUAAGUGACAAAAUCUCUCUGGAUAGGACUAUACCAGACUUUCGGCCCAGAAAAUGCAGAGACAUCGUUUAUUCUCAUGACUUACCGCAGAUCUCCAUCAUCUUCAUUUUUGUAAAUGAGGCGUUGUCUGUCAUACUGCGUUCUGUCCAUUCUGCGGUCAAUCACACUCCAGUCCAUCUCUUAAAGGAAAUCAUCUUGGUGGAUGACAAUAGUGACGACGAACAGCUGAAAGGACCGCUAGAAGAGUACAUCAACAAGCGCUACCCGGGUCUUAUCAAAAUAGUGCGCAACCAGAAGAGAGAAGGGCUCAUCCGUGCUCGCCUCGAGGGCUGGAAAGUGGCCACUGGGGAGGUGAUCGGGAUCUUUGAUGCCCAUGUUGAAUUCACGCCUUUAUGGGCUGAACCAGCUCUGUCUAGAAUCAAGGAGGACCGUAAGAGGAUCAUUCUGCCAUCUGUAGAUAACAUCAAUUAUGACACAUUUGAGCUGGAACACUAUGAGAACUCCGCCCAUGGCUUUAACUGGGAGCUCUGGUGUUUGUAUAUUAGUCCACACAAACAGUGGUGGAAUGAAGGAGACCCUUGUGCACCUAUCAGGACACCCGCAAUGAUAGGCUGUUCGUUCGUGGUAAACCGGGAAUACUUUGAGGAACUGGGACUGCUGGAUGAGGGCAUGGAUGUGUACGGAGGUGAAAAUGUAGAGCUGGGAAUCAGGGUCUGGACAUGUGGGGGCAGCAUGGAGGUUUUACCCUGUUCCAGAGUGGCCCACAUGACAAGAUCAAAAAAGCCUUACGACAGUAAAAUCUUUUUCCAUGCCAGACGAAACGCCCUUCGUGUUGCCGAGGUCUGGAUGGACCAACAUAAAUCCAGUGUCUAUAUGGCAUGGAAUCUCCCAAUGAAGAAUCAUGGGAUUCAUUACGGAGACAUUUCCCAGAGAGUAGCGCUCAGGGAAAGACUUCAGUGUAAAAGCUUUGACUGGUACCUCAACAAUAUCUAUCCACAAAUGAAGAUAUACAACGACACUCUGUUUUAUGGAGAAUUACGCAAUGCCAAUAUGACCCAUCUGUGUGUGGACCAGGGCACAAAGGAAAACAAUUCAGCAAUAUUAUACCCCUGCCACGGCUGGAUGCCUCAGCUGAGCCGCUACACUAAGGAGGGAUAUCUUUACCUGGGUGCUCUGGGAAGCAGCAUUGAAGAGACUCGCUGUAUGGUGGAUGAUACAAUGAACAGCCACCCUCAGCUCCUCAACUGCGAAACGGUCUCCAGCGUAAGCCAGAAAACUUGGAACUUUGUACAGAAUGGGUCAUUAGUCAACCGAGCCACAGGACGAUGUCUCGAAGUAGUGCCAGUUAACUUUCGGUUAACGUUCUACUUCGGCUAUGACUUGGUUCUGCGCUCCUGCACUGGCCAGAAGUGGAACAUUAAGAAUACAGUAGAUCUCGAAUAAGGCGAGUGAGCCAAUGGCCCUCGGUAAGACUUCAACAUGCUGAAUAUUUGGACUUUCGGCAUUCAUUAAAUGUUUAGGAACUUGAAGUAGGAUCCAGUGUGGACUCCCACAUGUCCAACUUUAGCCAAAGGGGUGCUGAUUGUGUAUAAGUUGGUAGUUGGUCUCAGGAGUUUUUUUUUACUACACUCUAAAAACAAACAGUG